AUGAAAGAAAACCAUCCUCCAACAACAACACCAGAUCUACAACCAAGAGGCGAGAUCGCCGAAUCCUCCACCUCAAAAAACCGAACCGGUUCAUCCGAACCAUUCCCCGGUUCACCCCUCACCGAAAACCCCUCCCCCUUCCCCGACCAAGUCCUCGAGAACGUCCUCGAGAACGUCCUCCACUUCCUCUCCUCCCGCCAAGACCGCAACGCCGCCUCAUUGGUCUGCCGUUCAUGGUACCGCGCCGAAGCCCUCACUCGAUCCGACCUCUUCAUCGGAAACUGCUACGCUCUCUCCCCCCGCCGCGUUACCGCCCGCUUCAGCCGCAUCAAGUCGGUAACCGUUAAGGGGAAGCCCAGGUUUGCGGAUUUCGAUCUGAUGCCGGUUGACUGGGGGGCCCACUUCACUCCUUGGGUUACUUCACUUGCUCGGGCUUACCCUUGGCUUGAAAAGCUUCAUCUGAAACGUAUGUCUGUUACCGAUAAAGAUCUCGGUAUCAUCGGCGAUUCGUUCCCGGGUUUUCGCGAGCUUUUGCUUGUUUGCUGUGAAGGAUUUGGUACCCCUGGUCUUGCUGUUAUUGCUUCUAAGUGCAGACUGUUGAGGGUGCUGGAGCUGGUGGAAUCUGUGAUUGAGGUUGAGGAUGAUGUUGAGGUGGAUUGGGUAUCUUGUUUUCCGAGUGAGGGACAAACUCAUUUGGAGUCUCUUGCUUUUGAUUGUGUUGAGUGUCCUGUGAAUUUUGAGGCAUUGGAAGGGCUGGUGGCUAGAUCGCCUGGUUUGAAGAAGCUUAGAUUGAACAGAUCUGUUUCAAUGGUUCAGCUUCAUCGGCUCAUGCUUCGUGCUCCUCAGCUCACACAUCUUGGAACGGGUUCGUUCAGUGCUAAUGAGAAUGUUGAUCAAGAGCCUGAUUAUGCAUCUGCUUUUGCAGCUUGCAGAUCGUUGGUUUGUUUGUCUGGAUUUAGGGAGAUUUGGCCGGAUUACCUUCCUGCUAUUUAUCCGGUUUGCUCGAACCUUACUUCGUUGAAUUUUAGUUAUGCUGAUGUUAAUGCGGAACAGCUGAAGUCUGUUAUAUGUCACUGUCAUAAGCUGCAGAUAUUGUGGGUCCUUGAUUCGAUAGGCGAUGAAGGCCUUCAGGCAGUGGCUGCAACUUGCAACGACUUGCGUGAGCUUCGAGUUUUUCCUGUGGAUGCGAGGGAGGAAGCUGAAGGUCCUGUUUCUCAGGUUGGUUUCGAAGCCAUUUCGAUGGGUUGUAGAAAAUUAGAAUCGAUUUUGUUUUUCUGCCAGACGAUGACGAACGCAGCUGUGGUUGCAAUGUCAAAGAACUGUCCAAAUCUUGUGGUGUUUCGUCUUUGUAUAAUUGGGGUGUAUCGUCCCGAUGCUGUGACACAAGAACCCAUGGAUGAGGGUUUUGGUGCUAUCGUUAUGAACUGCAAGAAGCUCACCCGACUUGCUGUAUCUGGUCUGCUGACUGAUCGGGCUUUUGAAUACAUCGGAAGGGAUAGUCCAUUUGGAGACGCAGCUUUGCGAUCCGGUUUGCAUCAUUACUAUAACAUGAGGUUCCUUUGGAUGUCGUCCUGUAAAUUGACACGUCAAGCUUGCCAAGAAGUUGCACGGGCAUUGCCUCACAUGGUUUUGGAAGUUAUCAACAAUGGCGAAGAUGCAGUAGAGGAUAUUGGAAUACUGUACAUGUAUCGGUCUCUUGAUGGGCCGCGAGAUGAUGCUCCAGAAAAUGUUACCAUUCUACAUUAG